AUGGACGUGGAUCCAGUUUGCGGCCUUUGUAAUUCUAUGCUAGAAGAUGACUACCACUUAUUCUUUGGUUGCAGCUACUCUUCCGACAUCUGGAGAUAUCUUCAGCGGCUUAUGGGGCUUAGGGAAACAAUUCAUACUGACUGGGAUGACCAGAUUCGUUGGUGUGUGGAAAAUAUUAAAGGAGUCAAUGCUGUAGGUACUAUCAAAAAGCUCAUUUUUAAUGCCUAUAUUUAUCAUAUUUGGGGUGAAAGGAACAGGAAAACCUUUACUCAAACAAGUAUGCAUGCUAGUGUUAUCUUCUAUAAAAUCAUCGAUGAUGUUAGACUGCGGAUGGCCUCUUGCAAGGCUUCAAUACCUGACUGCAAUGAGUCGCGCGAUUUGGCUGCAAGAAUGAGGUGCACAGUUGAGUUCUAUUUGCCUACCCAAAAGGCCAUUAUCUGGCAGAAACCAGAGACAGGGGAGGUGACAAUUAACUCUGAUGGGUCCUUAUGUGAUGAAGGGGCGGGGUAUGGGGCUAUUAUACGUGAUGAACACGGCACUCCUCUUGGUGCUGUAACAGGCAGCGCAAUUCCAUCAUCGAUCACUGUGCAUGAGCUACAAGGUAUUGAAGCAGGUCUUCAACUUGCGCACCUUAAAGGGUUUCCGAAAGUUUCCAUUCAAACAGAUUCAAUAACAGCUUUAAGAUAUCUCAAAGAAGAUGGAAGUAAACCUCCCUGGACCUGCCAUCAUGUGUGGGAGUCCAUAAAAAGUCUUAAGGCUCAGUUUGCCAGAUGUUCUUCAUCUCAUAUUUAUAGAGAAGCUAAUGGUUAUGCGGAUCUCAUCGCAAGCUUCGGACCUGAUGGUAGGUUUGUCGAGCUACACCCUAGUUCUUUUCCUGAAGACCUGAAGAAAAAAGUUCUAGAUGACGCCAAUGGUAAAGUUUACUACGGAUAG